GUACCCUCGAUCCCUCCAGUCGACCCCGCUGGAGUCUUCCAAUAUGGCUUUCCCGGACCGGUCGCCGACAUUCGAAAUGCAUGCUCCUUGACUUCGUCUUUCAACCGAGCGACCAGAAAUCCCCAUUGGGUGGCAGAACACAUCACUCCAGCAAGCCUGCUGAUGCAAGGCGGUGACAGGAGACAUUCAGCAUUUGCGGAAGACAUGAGCAUACCAGAAAAGUUCAGAGCCAAGUUGAAGGACUACUACAGGUCAGGCUACGAUCGCGGACACCAGGUCCCUGCUGCAGAUGCGAAGUGGAGUCAAGAAGCCAUGGAUUCGACCUUUGCGCUGUCAAAUAUGUGCCCGCAGGUUGGAGACGGCUUCAAUCGAGACUAUUGGGCACAUUUUGAAGAUUUCUGCAGGAGAUUGACUUCGUUCUAUCCCUCUGUGCGAAUAGUGACUGGGCCUCUGUAUCUGCCAAAACGAGAUGCGGAUGGCAAGUGGAAAGUGACGUACGAAGUGGUUGGACAUCCACCAAACGUUGCAGUGCCCACUCACUUCUACAAGAUCAUCUUCGCCGAGGAUGGAAAGACUGGAGGCAAAGUCAGCUUGGGUGCAUUUGUGUUGCCGAACGAUAAAAUUCCCAACGAUAAGCCGCUCCAAGACUUCGAAGUGCCUCUCGAGGCAGUUGAGCGUGCGUCGGGUCUGGAGUUCGCGAGCCUGCUUCCCGCUGCACGGCGAAAACAGUUGUGUAAAGAGGUGGCUUGCAGUAUCAUCGUGAAGGAAUACAAGGAGAGACAGAAGACCAUGUUGAGUCCCCCUCCG